CUCUCUCCUCUCACUUGAUUCUUAUCCUUCCACACUCUUGACUGCACAAGGAGGAGGAGAUGGAGGAAACAGUGGAAGCCUUUCGGUCUCUGUUCUCCCUCCUCUUCCUCUCCUUCGCCGCCGCCUUCUUCCUCCUCGCGCUGGUGCUAAAGGCGCUGAGGUCCAUGCCCUGGUGGUGCAGCUGCCCCGUGUGCGAGGCGUACGUGACCAAGUCGUGGACCGCCCACUUCGACAACCUCUGCGACUGGUACGCGCACCUCCUCCGGGAGUCGCCCACGCGCACCAUCCACAUCCACGUGCUCGGGAACACCGUCACGGCCAACCCCGACAACGUCGAGCACAUGCUUCGUGCCCGCUUCGACAACUACCCCAAGGGGAAAACCUUCUCCGCCAUCCUCGGCGACCUCCUCGGCCGCGGCAUCUUCAACGUCGACGGCCAUCUCUGGCGCUUCCAGCGCAAGAUGGCCGGCGCCGAGCUCGGCAGCAGCGCCGUCCGCUUCUUCGCCUCUUGCAUCGUGGCCGACGAGGUCCGCGGUCGCUUCCUCCCCCUCCUCGACGUCUCCAGCGCGGACGAUAAGAUCCUCGACCUGCAGGACGUGUUCCGGAGGUUCGCGUUCGAUAACAUAUGUAAGAUCUCGUUCGGGAUCGACCCUGGCUGCCUGGAGCUGUCGCUGCCUAUGUCCGAGUUCGCGGCGGCCUUCGACAAGGCCUCCAGGCUAUCGGCCUCGCGGGCGACCUCGACGAUGCCCAUGGUAUGGAAAGCCAAGCGGCUUCUCAACAGGGGAUCGGAAAGGGAGCUCCGGGAGGCGAUCGGCAUGGUGAACCUCCUCGCGAACGAGCUCAUUCGCCAGCGACGGAAGAUCGGUUUCUCUUCGAACCACGAUCUCCUCUCUCGAUUCAUGGCCUGCGUCGAUGACGAAAAGUACCUGCGAGACAUCAUAAUUAGCUUCAUGCUGGCCGGACGCGACACGGUGGCGUCGGCCCAGCUGUGGGGGAGCGAUUGCCACGAGUUCCGACCGCAGCGGUGGCUGACCAACGGAGCGUUCACGCCCGAGAGCCCCUACAAGUACCCGGUGUUCCAAGGCGGCCUCCGGGUGUGCCUCGGCAAGGACAUGGCGCUGAUGGAGAUGAAGACGGUGAUCGUGGCGGUGGUCCGGCGGUUCGACAUCCACGUCGUAGACGACGGCAGCAGCCUGCCGCCCAAGUUUGCGCCCGGCCUCACCGCCUCACUGGAGGGCGGCCUUCCGGUCCGAGUCAAGCGGAGGGAUACGAGCUUCCCUACGCAACAGCUCGGCGCAUGUUCGGCGCAGUGCAGCUCGAUCUGCUAAGGAGCUCCGGAUCAGAGUCCCUUCCUUUUGCUCAUCAUCCUCUGUACAGAAUCGGUCAAGCCAUACACCGUUACUCGUGCUCCUGUAUCGGGAUUUGGGGAAGAUAUGUUAUGAUUAUGAUUCAUCACAGGGAGUACGUGGGCAUGAAAUGGCAUCGAUCGUUGCUGUUCUU